AUGACCAGAACAAGCGGUCUUUACCGCAUCGGCGUCGAUGUCGGUGGUACCAACACAGACGCAGCUAUCAUCGACAUCGCCGCCACAGACUCCGAAUCGCAUGGAGUCUGCGCAUCUAGCAAGACCCCCACAAGUGUGGAUGUCACAUCUGGCAUCCACGCCGUGAUCGAGAAUGUCUUAUCCAAAUCUGCGGUCAAUCGGCGAGACGUUCUCAGUGUAGCUAUCGGAACCACGCAUUUCGUGAAUGCAGUUGUCGAGGCAGAUGCGCGCCGUUUGAGUAAAGUCGCUGUAGUGCGACUUUGCGGACCCUUUACAAAGCAGGUCCCGCCUUUCUCAGAUUUUCCGCCUGAGUUGAAGGAUAUCAUGGCUGGUCCGGUGUUUUAUUUGGAUGGAGGACUCGAGAUCGAUGGACGUGAAAUCACUCCAUUAAACCCUAUUCAGGUGCAAGAGGCUGUGAAAAGCAUCCAAGACGCAGGAAUCGAAAUGGUCGCAAUUGUGGGCGUCUUCUCUCCAUUAGAUCACCAAGGUCUACACGAGGAAACAUGCAAACGCCUAAUGCUGGAACAAGACCCGACCUUGUCAGUGGUGUGUUCAAACGCGAUCGGUGGAGUUGGACUAUUAGAGCGCGAGAACGCGACUAUUCUUAAUGCCUCGAUUCUCAACCUCGCACGACGUACAGUGCGGGCAUUUUGUGACGCGAUAGUCAAACUGCGACUGGAUUGCCCUCUAUAUCUUACGCAAAAUGAUGGUACGUUAACGGAUGCCGCUACUGCGGCAGAGUUGCCGAUCAAGACGUUUGCUUCAGGUCCGACGAAUAGUAUGACCGGCGCUGCAUUUCUAGCAUCCCUGGAUCGCGGUGCAAAGGGUGUAGUCUCUGAAACCCAAGUGCUUGUUAUGGAUGUUGGAGGGACUACGAGCGAUGUCUGCGCUUUACUUCCAUCUGGUUUCCCCCGUCAAGCUCCGAAUUUUGUCGAAGUCGGGGGUGUGCGAACGGCCUUCUCGAUGCCCGAGGUUUUGUCUGUUGGGCUGGGUGGAGGUAGUCGGGUGGUUUUCGACCCAGAUUCCGAUCAAGUGCAUGUCGGACCUGAAUCUGUUGGACACUAUUUAACUAGUCAAGCACUUGUGUUCGGCGGUGAUGUGAUGACGACCACCGAUAUUGUCGUUGCCUCUGGGAAGGCAGAAAUCGGAGAUAUCAAGCGAGCCCAAGCCAUUCCUGGAAACGUGAUCACCAAAGCACGUUUGCAAAUCAAGAAGAUUCUGGAGCAAGCGGUGGAGAGCAUGAAGGUUUCUGAUUCACCAGUUACCCUGCUUCUAGUCGGAGGUGGAUCCAUUGUGCAAAUGGAUGACUUGAAGGAUGUUGCAGAAUGCAUCAUCCCGCCUCAUCAUGACUCCGCAAAUGCAGUCGGCGCAGCAAUCGCCAAAGUCGCCGGUGAGAUUGACAGUAUUGAGAUCUUAUCAGACCGCGACGAGAAGGCAGUUCUGGAAGAGGCGAAGGAAAAGGCCAUUGAAGCUGCUGUCGCUCGUGGCGCAGACAGAGCAGACGUCAAGAUUGUGGCUAUUGAUAAAAUUCCUCUGCAAUAUGUGACGAACAAGGCUACUCGGCUGGUAAUCAAGGCGGUUGGGCGCUUGGCACUCCCAGAUCUGAACACAAUAUCAAUUAAUGGAGCCCAUACAAAUGACACACCCACUGAUGCUGUGAUUGAAGAGUCCGAGCCCGAGGCCAAAAAAGAAUUCCAUCAAAAAUUGGCGACUGGAAAGCUCCAAUCUUUGGUGAAAUACUCCGCAUUCAUUAAUAUCGACACCUACGCCCCUGAAGUGCGUAAUGGAGUAUGGUACAUUUCUCCCUUGGACCUCGAAUUCAUCGCAACAGGCACCGGCAUCCUCGGCACAGGAGGCGGCGGACCCUCAUACCUCCAGUACCUACAAUGCCUCGAGAGUCUCCGCCAACCCAAUGCCAAAGGCAAGAUGCGUGUUGUGGACCCAAGUAGUCUUAAGGACUCUGAUAUCAUCGUCUUCGGGUCAUGGUACGGAGCACCCAGUGUCUCUGGUGAGAGAAUGCCAGCCGGCAGAGAGAUCAUGACUGCAAUUGAUCAAGCAGUCAAAAUGUCUGGAUAUACCCACUUCGAAGGUGUUAUUGCGGAUGAGAUUGGGGGUGGGAAUGGAAUGUCUACUUUCCCGACUAGUGUCUAUUAUGAUAUUCCCGUUGUUGAUGGGGACUUGAUGGGGAGGGCGUAUCCCACCAUGGAACAUGGUACCGCUUACGUAUAUGGCGAACCAAUUACGCCUUGUGCAUUGGCGGAUGGGAAGGGAAAUUCUUCUGUUGUCCUGAAAGCAGAGUCCAACCGCCGAGUCGAAACAAUGCUCCGCUCACAAUGCGUAGACCUCGGCCUAAGUAUCGCAGUGGCCUGCACCCCAUUGCCUGGCAAAUCAAUCAAACGUUACGCAGUCCCAAAUACCGUAUCUCAAUCAUGGUACAUCGGACGUGCAGUCCACAAAGCCCGAUACUCCAAAACUAACAUCAUCGAUGCAAUCUUCGACACAUCCCCCGGCCGUCUCCUAUACACUGGCAAAAUCAUCGACGUCAAGCGCGACGUACGCCGCGGCUACACUAUGGGCCAAUGCACAAUCGCCCCCCUGAGCAGCGAAGAAAAAGAUCCAAACUCUUUUACUUCUGAGACCCCAAACUCAGAUGAAAGCCGCUGCCUAAUUAUCCCCUUUCAAAAUGAAUUCCUCUACGCCGCGUACGCCGACGCCGUUAACCCCGACGACACCUCUCGGCAUGAAGUCAUUUGCACAGUUCCAGAUUUGAUCUCAAUCCUAGGACAAGACGGCGAGGCAAUUGGGUCGCAAGAGCUACGAUACGGGCUACACGUCAAUGUCAUCGGAAUGGCAGCGCAUCCUCUUUGGACGGGCGACGAACGGGGACUUAAAGUGGGUGGACCUGAGGGUUUUGGACUUGAUAUGGAGUGGAAGAGUCUUGGACCAUAUCAGGAGCCGAGAAGUGUUGUGCAGGAGUUUAAUGUAACUUCAUAG